CACACUGCUUGCCAUAGCAGUGUUUUCUGGCCGCCCACGUUGCCUCACUCGUCAUCAAAGUCAACUAUCUGACUUUCAAUUGAGCGACACAAACUGUGCGCCAAAAAAAAAAUCGAAAGGCAACAUAUUUAAUUUCAGUUACCGUACAAGAAAAUAAAACGGUCGUGUACGUCAAAAAAAAAAAAUGUCUGGAAACGGGUUGAUAUCCAGCAUCAGGAGGUUAAUACACGCCGACGAGCGGCUGGGCGCUCCGAGUCCUUUUGAACAGCUUCGACAGCAGAUGGAGGAUGUUUUGGGAGACGGAGGGAUCCUUAAAGAAGUGAUCCAGCAUGGAGAUGGCCCACCAGUUCCCCGCAAUGCUUCAGUAUUGAUCCAUUACUCUGGUUUUCUGGAGUAUUCCGACCACCCUUUUGAAACUACCACGCACCUCAAGUACCCCCAGAUGAUGAAGCUAGGGAGAGAUGUGACACUGGCGGGCCUGGAGCUGGGUCUGUUGACCAUGAAGAAAGGGGAGUUCUCUCGUUUCCUCUUCCAGCCUCAGUAUGCAUACGGGGACAUGGGCUGUCCCCCCUUCAUUCCCACCGCUGCCACAGUUCUGUAUGAGGUUCAUAUCCUCGAUUUCCUCGACUCAGGACAAGUGGACGACUUCAUUUCAAUGAGUCCAGAGGAGCAGAACACAGUGCCUCUGUCCACUCUUCUUGAAGUUGUCAACACUGUCCGCAGUUUUGGCAACCGUUACUUCAACAUGAGACGCUACGACAAUGCCAAAGAUCGCUAUAAACAGGGAAUGAUGCUGCUGGGGAACAGGGACGCACAGAGCGAUGCAGAGACGGAGAGGAUAGAUAAAGCUCUGCUUCUUUUCUAUCUGAACCUUUCUCUCACUGAGCUUCGCUUGGACAGCCCCCACAAAGCCCUGAAAUACGGCAACAAAGCCCUGGAGAUAGACUCCAACAACACAAAGGCUCUUUUCCGAUGUGGACAGGCGUAUCUGGAGCUGCAUGAGUACGACAGCGCUCAGGAUUGCCUCAUUACUGCCCAAGCAAAGAAACCCUUUGACAGUGAUAUCAACAACCUGCUGAGGAAAGUGGCAACGUGCUACAAAGAAAGCUUGGACAAACAAAAGGACUUGUACUCUAAGAUGUUCAGACACCUGAGGAGUAAGUGAAGCUGCAAAUAUGAGUAAAAAGAUAAAGGAGAAAAGAGCAUGUUUCUCUCAAUGUUAAUCCUUUGGCGUUUUUGCAAUGUGAUGAGAGGAAUAAUGUAAAAAAAAAAAAGAGUUCUUUAAAAUUGGUUCGAGGUUUUGGUAAUAAUGACACUCAGCAGUUGUGUUUUUGUUUGGAGAUGCUUUGCAGAUUUGCAUUAACAGUGUUGGAUAUUGACACAGGGUCACAUCACUUUGGUAAUGAAAAUAAAAAAAGAUGGUACACUUUCAA